CCGCUCCUAUUGCCACCGCUCCGUAGAAGCUUCGGCACCGCAAGAACCGGGACCUCAACUGCUUUCCCACACUGAAUGCGGUCGCGCAGGUCGUAGAUUCCGCGACUCGAGAGAGCUUCGAUGGGUUCGAAGGAAAUCUGCCGGAACGAGCUCCGGAUUGCAGUCCGCCAGCUCAGCGAUCGCUGCCUCUACUCUGCUUCCAAAUGGGCAGCGGAACAACUAGUGGGAAUCGAGCUAGACCCUGUAAAGUUCACACCUUCAAACACCAGAUUCCAGCGUGGGAGCUCCAGUAUCCGCAGGAGAUUCCGCACCAAUGAGAUCAUGUCGACGCCAAUUGCUGGGGUGUCGUAUGUGAGUACUCCGGUCAUGGAGGAAGAUGACAUAGUUGAUGGUGACUUUUAUCUUCUGGCCAAGUCUUACUUUGACUGCCGUGAGUAUCGGAGGGCUGCUCAUGUGCUUCGGGAUCAGUAUGGGAAGAAAGCUGUCUUCCUACGAUGUUAUGCUCUUUAUCUGGCUGGAGAAAACCGGAAAGAGGAAGAGAAUAUAGAACUUGAAGGGCCCUUAGGUAAGAGUGAUGCUGUUAACAAGGAAUUGGUUUCUCUGGAGAGGGAGUUGUCAAUGCUACGUAAGAAUGGGUCCAUUGAUCCCUUUGGGUUGUACUUGUAUGGUCUUGUUCUUAAAGAGAAAGGCAGUGAACACCUUGCACGUAACCUUCUUGUGGAAUCUGUGAAUAGCUAUCCUUGGAACUGGAGUGCAUGGUCAGAGUUACAAUCCUUGUGCACUACAAUCGACAUAUUACAUAGUCUACCUCUCAAUAAUCAUUGGAUGAAGGAUUUCUUUCUUGCUGGUGCAUAUCAAGAACUCAGAAUGCACAACGAGUCCUUAGCAAAAUAUGAGUAUCUGCAAGGCACCUUCAGCUUCAGUAAUUACAUACAGGCACAAAUUGCAAAAGCGCAGUACAGUCUAAGGGAAUUUGAACAAGUAGAAGUGAUAUUUGAAGAACUCCUGAGAAAUGAUCCUUACCGAGUGGAGGACAUGGAUAUGUAUUCCAAUGUACUCUAUGCUAAGGAAUGCUUUUCUGCCUUGAGUUAUCUUGCCCACAGGGUAUUCAUGACUGAUAAGUACAGGCCAGAAUCUUGUUGUAUAAUUGGAAAUUAUUAUAGCUUGAAAGGCCAACAUGAGAAGUCAGUUAUGUAUUUUAGGAGGGCCCUUAAAUUGAAUAAGAAUUGUUUAUCUGCUUGGACUCUUAUGGGUCAUGAAUAUGUUGAGAUGAAAAACACUCCAGCAGCUGUUGAUGCCUAUCGGCGAGCUGUAGAUAUAAAUCCAUGUGAUUACCGAGCCUGGUAUGGUUUAGGACAGGCCUAUGAGAUGAUGGGGAUGCCUUUCUACGCUCUUCAUUAUUUCAGAAAAUCUGUAUUCUUGCAGCCAAGUGAUUCUCGCUUAUGGAUUGCUAUGGCUCAGUGUUAUGAAACUGAACAGCUUCACAUGCUAGAAGAGUCAAUCAAGUGUUACAGGAGGGCAGCGAAUUGUAAUGACAGGGAAGCAAUUGCUCUUCACAAGCUAGCAAAGUUGCAUUGUGAACUUGGGCGUUUAGAAGAAGCUGCUUUUUACUACAAAAAGGAUCUGGAGCGGAUGGAAGCUGAAGAGAGGGACGGACCUAAUAUGGUUGAAGCUUUGCUUUUUCUUGCCACACAUGGCAAAGACCAAAAGAGAUUUGAGGAGGCGGAGGUGUAUUGCACACGUCUUCUUGAUUAUACUGGCCCGGAGAAAGAGACUGCAAAGAGUCUACUACGAGGAAUGAGAAUGGCACAAUCUGGUUUUCCUUCAAUGAGUGCUGAGCAUUUUCCUCCAUAACAUUACUGAUAAAUGGAGCUGUGAAAUUUUCGAAGCAGGUGUGGCAUUGUGUUGAGGAUAUAAAAAAAAUACGGAUCUCCUCCCAAAAGAUGACAAAUCCUUAAGGCUGCGCAAGCUGCUUGCUGUAACUCUCUCUGCCAAUUGACUGCAUACUUUUGGAAUAGAGAAAGUGGCCAUUGGUUUCUUAGGUAUAUGGGAGAUUGGUCAAUUUUUGACAGUUUGUGUCAUAAUGUUUCAUUUAUGAGAAAUCAUCUAGAAAACUGGAGAUUUCAUAGUUGAUCAUUCUACUUGAAUGCAUGUCAGUCUCAUAAGAAGCUUCUGGUUGCACCUC